AUGGCCCCGGAAACUUCUCAAGUUGAUGUCCAUGCCCUCUUGGCUAAGCUGACCAGGGAAGAGAAAGUGUCGCUUUUAGCUGCUGUUGACUGGUGGCGCACACUGACGAUAGAGCGAGAUGGUGUUUUCGUCCCGCACAUCAAGGCGACAGAUGGUCCCAACGGCGCACGCGGCGAGAGCUACGUCAGUGGUAUCAAGGCGGCCUGUUUUCCAUGCGGCACCAGCCUCGGGGCAUCCUUCGAUCGCGACCUGUUGUAUCGCUGCGGCAAAGAGAUCGCCAUCGAAGCGAAGUCAAAAUCAGCAAAUCUUCUGCUUGCUCCCACUCUGAACGUCAUAAGGUCCCCGCGAGGCGGCAGAAAUUACGAGACGUAUUCUGAAGAUCCGUUUGUACUGGGCUCAUUGGCUGCUGCUUUUGUCAACGGUUGUCAGUCCGAAGGUGUUGCCGCUACACCGAAACACUUUGUGGCCAACGACACGGAAAACAACCGCAAGGUGCUUACUGCGGAGGUUGACGAGCAGACUCUCAGAGAGAUAUAUAUGCUGCCCUUCCAGCUGGUGAUGAAAUAUUCGGAUCCGUGGUGCUUCAUGACGAGCUACAACAAGGUGAAUGGGGCCUAUGUUUCCGAUUCUUCGAGGCUCGUCAACGAUGUUUUGAGGGGAGAAUGGGGCUUCAACGGGACCGUCGUUUCCGACUGGAUGGGUGUCUAUUCCACCGCGGACAGCAUCAAUGCGGGCGUUGACGUCGACCUGCCCGGACCCACGAUUUAUCGCGGCCCGAAACUUCUAAAGGCCAUCGAUGAAGGCCUCGUCAGUGACGAUACCAUCGACAAGUCUGCGUUGCGCGUUCUGGAAUUGGCGAAACGACUGGGUCGCUUCGAGAAUCCCGAAGAGCCGCCAGAGCAAGAGGCGAAGAAUCCCCAAAGAGACGAGUCGAUCCGGCAAGGAGGCGCGCAAGGCAUGGUUCUCUUGAAGAAUGACGGGGACCUGCUUCCCAUCCCCAAAACGUCAUCGGUGGCUAUCAUCGGCCAUCACGCCCAGCAUGCCAGUCUCGGCGGAGGCGGAAGCGCUCGUGUGGACUCGAUUCGAGCUGUCAGCCCUGCCGCCGGACUGGAGGCUGCGGGUUUCAAGACGAAACUAUCUAGCGGAGUUCCUGUCUUUGGUGCUCUGCCACACGCUGACCCAUCGAUCCUGUACGACUCGGAGACGAAGACGCAGAUCCCGGAUCCAGUUCAGAUUGAGUGGUUCAACGGGAACAUCAUCGGCCAAAACCUCGCCUGGAAGGAACGCAAGGCGCUGCCUGAGUACAUGAUCAAGGAGAAGUGGCCCGAGUCCCUCUCGAAGGAGUACUGCACCCGCAUCACAUUCGACGUUUGUCCGAAGACAAGCGGCGACCAUAUCCUUUCCGUCAUCUCCACUGGCCCUUCCAUCUGCUACAUCAACGGGGCGGAGGUCUACCAGCGGCCCCAAGAGACGGACCUCACCCAGGAGUCCUUCUACUUCUUUAAGUCCAAACUCGAGAGACGAUUCACGCAUCCGAUGAAGGCUGGUGAGCACUAUGAGCUGGUACUGGAGUCGUGGAACACCGAUCCCGAGAUCCUCAACGCGAAGCCCCUCUACGGCAAGAUGUUCCAGGGAUCCGCGCUCCGGUUCCACGAGCACAUCGACACCCCCGGCCGCAUCAACGACGCCGUCGCCGCAGCGAAGGAAUCCGACUACGCCGUUGUUUGCGUCGGCACCACGAACGAGAUCGAGUCGGAGGGAUUCGACCGGGACACGAUGAAUCUCACGACGGCACAGUGCGAGCAGAUUCUCGCCGUCGCGGCUGCCAACAGGCGCACCAUUGUGGUCAACUUCAGCGGAGGCCCCGUGGAUCUCACGCCGUUCGUCGAUGCCGUGCCUGGCUUGAUCCAAGCUUGGUUCCCGGGCCAAGAGUGCGGACAUUCGCUUGCGCUGGUGCUCAGCGGCGAUGUCAAUCCCUCUGGUCGGCUUCCCUUCUCGUGGCCCGAGAAAGACGAGGACAAUCCUGCGUGGGGAAACUUUCCGUGCGACGAGAACAACGUGGUUCGAUAUGAGGAGGGUCUCGACGUUGGCUACCGAUUCUACGAUCGCAAGUCGAGUCCGGAUCCUCUCUUCCCGUUCGGGUACGGCCUCUCCUAUACCACGUUUGACAUCGGCGACCUUCAUUCUCCCAAAAGCACUCUUCGUUGGGCGCAUGAUGCCGUGACAGUCUCUGCCAAUGUGAAGAAUACUGGCAAUACAGCAGGUUCUGUUGUCCUUCAGUACUACGUCGCCAUGCCUGCCGCCGGUAAUGCGUACAAGGGCCGGCAAAGACCUGAGAAGGAGUUGAAGGAGUUUCGGAAGGUUUCCCUCGGCGCUGGUGAAUCUCGGACAAUGGAGAUCAGCCUCGACAAAUAUGCCUUCAGCUUUUACGAGGCGGAUGCGUCUUGCUGGCGGGUGGACGUCGGGAAGUAUAAAAUCCAAGUAGGCUUUUCUUCUGUGAACCUGAAGGCAUCAGUCGACGUUGAGGUGACCACUGGGUUCACUUGGACUGGCAUUUGA